UUGCUACUUGGUGUAAUAAGUCGUCAUGGGUGAUGAAAAGGACCAAAUCGGGCUAUGUAAGUGGUGACGCAUGUCUCGAGUAACCAGAUAGAUAAUAAUCGUCCAUGAGUAGCAGUAGAUCGAGGUUGAGUCGUGGAUGAUGGCUACUCAGAAUCUGAAUGGGCGGGUGGCAAUUGUCACCGGCGGUUCUCGUGGCAUCGGCCGUGAAAUUGCUGUCCACCUCCACUCCCUGGGCGCAAGACUUGUCAUCAACUACGCUUCCAGUUCCAAGCAGGCAGACGAAUUGGCCUCCCACCUCAACAGCAACAGCAACAACAACAAGAGCUCACAGUUGGCGGCCAUUGCAGUAAAAGCAGAUGUUUCAGAUCCAGAUCAGGUGAAGCUCCUCUUCGACAAAGCCGAGCAAGAAUUGGGUGCCCAGGUCCACAUCCUGGUCAACUGCGCCGGCGUCUUGGAUUCCAAGUACCCGUCUCUGGCCGACACCUUUGUCCAGGAUUGGGAUAACAUAUUCAAUGUCAACACCAAAGGGGCCUUCUUGGCUUGCAGAGAGGCCGCCAACAGACUCCCACGCGGCGCCGGCGGAAGAAUUAUAAUGAUUACCACCUCCGUUGUUGGGGGACUGAUGCCCGGAUACGCCGCCUAUGCUGCCUCCAAGGCCGCCGUGGAGACCAUGACCAAAAUUGUCGCCAAGGAGCUCAAGGGCACCGGCAUCACUGCCAACUGUGUUGCUCCCGGCCCUGUUGCCACCGACCUCUUCUUCGCCGGUAAAAGUGAGGAGACCAUCAACAGGAUCAAGGAUGCUUGCCCUCUUGGCCGCCUUGGUCAGCCCCACGAUGUGUCCCAGGUUGUCGGAUUUUUAGCCGGCGAUGCAGGGGAGUGGAUCAACGGUCAGGUCAUUAGGGUUAAUGGUGGAUUUGUCAUCUGAUAUAUAUUUCUGGUUCCAAUUCCAUCUGUUGUAUUAGUACUUGCUAAGAUACGUUUUGUUCCAAUAAAACUGAUUUGAUGGAUUCAAAAAUAUGCCUAUUAAUUCUC